GGUCAUUCGAUCCUUUCAAACCCUAAACUGCAACCACCUUCCUCCUACUGCAUUUUCACUUUUUCAGCGGAGAUCACCACAACGCACCUUCACUUCUCCGACAUCCACGGCAGCAACCACCAUCAUAACCCUCUCUACUCCACCAUUUACGGCUGCAUCGCUUCCACCAUAAAAACUCAUACUUGAUGGAAAAUCAAGAACCCAGGGUCUGAUCUAUAGAAAAAACAAAGUUAUGAACCCACAAGGAGGAAACAAAACAUCGGUGGAGGUCCACCAUAGUAAUGAUGCAGAUGACGAUGAUGACAACGUGAAACAGCUUCAACAAUGUUCUUCUCUCUAUUUAUUAUUACAGGAUUGUCUUAUUACUUCUAACAGAGAUUGGAAGGCUUGUCAGAAAGAGGUUCAAAACCUCAAGGCAUGCAAUGAGGCAAGACAGAAGAAUGUCAGUAAGCAUACCAAGGGUGGUGAAGGAAAUAAGUGAAAAUUUGCCUUUUUCUUCUUUUAAUUAUGUUACAGAAAAGAGAAACGGUUGACCAUUUGUUUAUUCAAUGUGGAGACGGGAUGUUUUUGCUAUACUCCCAUUAUAACCUUGUUACGAAUAACCAGCUCAUUGGAUUGUUGGCAUAUGAUGGUUAGUAUUACAUCAUGUCUGAAUCAGGUUAGUUGGAGCUACAUAGAUGUGGCAAACAACAUAUAUGUAUUUAGCGCAUAUAAACGAUAGAUUUUCACUUCUAUAAAAUGAUGUAUUCUUAUUCUCAA